CCUGCCUCUCUCCCGCCCCGUCCCCUCCGCCCGCGCGUCUCGGAUCUGUUCGCCCCCACCGCGCUCCCGCUUGCCGUCCCUGCCCGUUCGCGCAUGAGCGGCGCCUCCGGACCUCCCCCCUCCGACUGAUUGAUCUCGCGCGCGCGCGCGCUCAUCUGCAUCGCCUCGCCUUCCGCCCUUCCCUCUCUCCCUCGCCAUGCCCCCGAAGCCCCCGCCCCCGCCUCCGCCCCCUGGCGGUGGUGCCGGCCCGGCUGGCCUUGCCCUGCCCUCUCUGUCCAUGGUGUCCAAUGUCCCGGCGACGACCUCCUCCUCGUCCACCCCCCCGGCCACAUCGCCCACCGUGACCGCCGAGGAGUCCGGCCCGUCCUUCAUGGACCGCUUCCGCACCCUCUUUAAGUCCAAUGAUCGCCCGUCGAACAGCGGCAAUGACUCGCGCCUGUCGCCCGGUGUGGCGGCCCUGGCCAGUCACAACCACACCGGCGGCGCGCACCCGCUCAUCUCGGCGCCCAUGUCCUUCCGGCAUGAGGUGCAUGUUGGCUACAAUGCCGAGACCGGCGAGUUCAGCGGGCUUCCUUCCGAGUGGACCAUGCUCCUGGAGGGCUCCGGCAUCAGUAAGGAGGAGCAGCGUGAGAACCCGGAUGCCGUCAUCCAAGCCCUCAAGUUCUACGCCGGGUCCUCCGGGUCCGAGGACAAGUCCACGCCAGCUGGCUCGCCACAACUGCCCAAGGGCGCUCCACCGACGCCGCCCACACGGCUCCCCCCGACGCCGCCCGGGCGCGGGCCCCCCUCGGGCACCGCUGGCCAGCAGCAGGCACCGGUCAUGGCUUCCGGCCAUGCAUUCACUCCGCCGCCGCCGCCGACCACCGCCCCGCCGGUCCCCCCUCCCAAAAACCCCAAGGCCAGCCCCACCUCGCCGACUACCCCCUCCUCGCCGUCGGAUUCGCAAGACAACUUCGACGCGGUGGCCGCGGUACCCCGUCGCCGGCGGGAGACCUCCUCCCCGACCGCCGGCGGCCCAUCCAGCCCGGCUGGACUAGAGGACGACAUCAUGACCCGGCUCCGGGCCAUUUGCACGCCCGGCGACCCGAACGACUUCUACAAGGACUUCCGAAAGAUCGGUCAGGGUGCCUCCGGGGGUGUCUUCUCCGCGCAGGAGCUCUCCACCGGUCGCCGGGUGGCCAUCAAGCAGAUGAAGCUCGAGCAGCAGCCCAAGAAGGAGCUCAUCGUCAGCGAGAUCGCGGUCAUGCGCAACGCCCAGCAGGAGAACAUCGUCAACUACAUCAAUGCCUUCCUGGUCAAUGACGAUGCCGACCUGUGGGUGGUCAUGGAGUACAUGGAGGGUGGUUCGCUGACCGAUGUGGUCACCACCACCAUCAUGACCGAGCGUCAGAUCGCCACCGUCUGCCGGGAGGUCCUGCGCGGCCUGGCCCACCUGCACUCUCGCAAUGUCAUCCACCGUGACAUCAAGAGUGACAAUGUCCUCCUCGGCAUGGAGGGCGACAUCAAGAUCACGGAUUUCGGCUUCUGUGCUCAGCUCUCCGAGGAGAGCACCAAGCGGACAACCAUGGUCGGCACGCCGUACUGGAUGGCCCCGGAGGUGGUCACCCGGAAAGACUACGGCCCCAAGGUCGACAUCUGGUCCCUCGGUAUCAUGGCCAUCGAGAUGAUCGAGGGAGAACCCCCCUACCUCAAUGAGAAUGUCCUGCGCGCCCUGUAUCUGAUCGCCACCCAGGGCACUCCUACCAUCCAGAACCCGGAGCGUCUGUCGCCGGUCUUCCGGGACUUCCUCUUCAACUGCUGCUUGGCGGUGGACCCGGAGAAGCGCCCGAGCGCCGAGGAACUGCUCCAGCAUGACUUCAUCAAGAAGGCCGAGCCCAACCGCUCGCUGAAGCUCGUCAUCCGCGCCGCCAAGGCCAGCAAGGCGCAGUCCAGUUAAUUGCGCCCCGCCACUGGCCCUUGUCCCUUCCCUCUAUCCCUGGUUCUGGCGCCGCUGCUUCUCCCUUCUUCCCCUCCUCCCCCCCCUUUCCCCCGAUCGACGCCCCUCCCUCCCCACUGGUUCGGCGGCCCCCUCACCGUCCUUGUAUCUGAUGCCUCCCCCUUUCGCCUUCUCCCACACAGUUUCCCCUGCCUCCUCCCUCUUCCCGCUUCCCCGCCAGAGGGGGACCUGAGGUAUGCACCUCGGCAUAUCCCCUCCAUCCCUCCCCCCGCCUGCCCUAGGCAUUUGUGGCGUGUUGCCCAUCUUCCCCGCCCCUCUGGCAGCCACCCACCCCGAGGAGAGCAGCCACUCCAUCUUGUUGCCUCCUUCUCUCCCCGUGUGUGCUGCCCAGAAAAGCGCCCCCCCCCCCCCCAAAAAAACA